AGAUUGGUGUGGACCUCGGUUUUCUGGUCGACGGGUCAGGAAGCAUCGAAUACCAAGGAAAAGGAAACUUUGGUCGCAUGCUUAACUUCAUCAAGUCUGUCAUAAGCUUCUUCCAGGUAUCACGAGGAAAAUCCCGAAUCGGCUUCGUGUUGUUCUCGUCUCGACCGAUUCCAAUCUUCGGUCUUAAACGCUAUUCGUCGAGGGCAGACGUCCUUCGGGCGAUCGACCGCAUCCGUUAUCCCAGAGGAGGCACGAAGAUUGGAAAAGCUUUGGAUUUCGCUCGGAAUUACCUCUUUCGAGGGCGGAAUCCCCGUGGAAGGAAGCGAGUGUUGGUGCUGCUCACUGAUGGCAUUUCACAGGACCGGGUCGGCCAACCUGCAAGCCGUAUGAAAGCUACUGGUGCUGAAGUGUUCGCGAUAGGUCUUGGAAAGAAGUAUCGACGCAGACAGUUGCUGCAGAUGGCAACAGACCAAAACCACGUCUUAACUGUGUCAUUCAGCUUACUAAUGUCCAUCAUACUGAAGCUGAAGAAUCAAGUGUGUCAGCCAAGGAAAAUUUGUGAGUAGAUAGUUUGUUUUUACAAUUUGUAUCU